AUGUCCGAACGGGUGUGCCCAGAAGGUGAACUGCGAGUUGCCCUUCGCUAUCAGACCCUCGACGUACCCACGCAACCCACCGAGCGUGCCAAAAAGGUCGCAAAUGACUUUGCAAUUCGUCACCUGGGGAGGCCGUUCACUUAUACCACCGACUUCAUACACCUUCCCUCCGACUUCGACACCUCGGAGCGCAAGAACGUAUGGGUUCUCUGUGACUUCAACAUCCGACGGCGGCUCGACCGAGUCGAAGAGGUCCCUCUGCAAAGUUGGAAAGUGACAUACAAGGCCGCGCGACAGCCGGGGCCCCUUCCUCGCGCCAUCUCGUCGAACCUGAAGGAAGACUAA